AUGUCCGGCUGGGGCGACCUGUUCAAGGACAAGUAUGAGGAGCGCAUCGACGAGUCGACCGGCGAGACCAUCAUGGUGGAGAAGGGCACGAAGCACCACAAGCUGGACGCGCAGGGCAACAUAGUCGAUCCCGACGCUGCUCCCGCGCCGAGCCCCUUUGCCGCCGCGUUCGCUGGCGGCGGCGGCAGCAGCGGCGGCAGCGGCGGCUUCCAAUUCGGCGGAGCUCCAGCUGGCGGAGGCGGCGGCUGCACGUUUGGUGGUGCGCCCUCCUCCGCAGGCAGCGGCGGCUUCCAGUUUGGCGGUGCGCCCGCCAGCAGCGGCGGCGGGUUCACGUUUGGUGGCGGCGCUCCUGCAGCGGCCAACGGCGGCGGUGGUUUUGUCUUUGGCGGAGGCGCGGCAGCGCCCGCAGCAGCACCAGCGGCGGCGGCGACGGCGACGGCACGGUCCAAGCGCCCCGCGGAGGAGGCGCCGGCCUCAGUCGCCAAGCGCGGCCGCACCAACGCGCUCGUGCGGACGGGGAACGAGAGCGGCGAGCUGCUGAUCGCCGGAAACGGGGACUGCGGGCAACUGGGAUUUGGCGACGAGGGCAAGCGCGACAGCGUGAAGCUGCUGCUGCUGCCGAUCGCGGCGGCGCAGAUCUGCCAGGUGGCGUGCGGAGGGCUGCACAGCAUCGCGCUCGGGCUGGACGGGCGGCUCUGGUCGUGGGGCUGCAACGACGACGAGGUGCUCGGCAGGCCGGGCGAGGAGGCGGAGCCGCGCGAGGUCGGUGGCGAGCUAGCAGGCGUGCCGGUGAAGAGUGUGACUUGCGGCGACAACCACUCGGCCGCCCUGGCGCGGGACGGCCGCGUCUUCACCUGGGGCACCUACAAGGACUCGAACGGGUACAUCGGCUACUCCCCCGACCUCGCAAAGGCGGGCAGGGCACCCUUUGCCCGCCCCCUGCCCUUGGGCCGAGGGGUGCUCAACGAGAACUUUCGCGAUUGGGUCAAGGCGCGGCUCAAGGAGGACGCGGCGUGGGACGCGACUGAGGCGGCGACGCUGUACCUCGAGCACCGGGCGGCCAUCUCCGAGCGGCAGGCGGAGGAGUUUAAAUUCGACGACCGGCUGCAGAUCAAGGCGGCGUUUGCAGGCGCCCUUUCGCAUCCUCCUUUCCCUCCCCUGCCCCGCCUUCGCCCGACCUCGCCCCCCUCCCCUCUCCCCCUCCCCCCUCCGCCAGGCGCGUACCACACCUUCCUGCUGACCGAGUGCGAGAACGUCUACUCGUGCGGCCUCAACAACAUGGGCCAGCUCGGCCUCGGCUCGCUCGACCCAAACAAGACGAGCACCCCGACCCUGCUCGGCGGCCUGCAGGGGCUCGGCGUCUGCAUGCUCGCCGGGGGCGAGCACCACUCCCUCGCACUCACCACUCGCGGCGAUGUCUACGCCUUCGGGCGCGGCGACAACCACCAGCUCGGCUUGGGCGAUGGCGUCCAGCAGCAGCCGACGCCGACGCUCGUGGCGGCGCUCUGCGGCGUCGCCGGCCACAAGAUCGUGUGCGGCCACUCUCACAACCUGGUCGUCUCGCGCUCGGGCGACCUGUACGCGUGGGGCGUCGGCGACAUGGGCCAGCUCUGCACGGGCCGCGGCGAGGACGAGACCGCCCCGACGCUGGUUGAGGGGCCUGAGCUGGCGAGCCGCGCGGUGCUCGACGCGAGCACGGGCGGGCAGCACUCCGUGCUCGUGGGCAUGCCGCGACCCAGCUGAGUCGGUCGCGGCCGGGCCCUCAACGCACCGGGCGAGGGCAGUGAUGGGCCCAGAGGAACACCUCUUUAGUCUUUACAUCCCCCCCCACGCGCGCGCCACACCGCAAUAUAUUGAUACUGAAAACACCACAUGCGCGCGUCGUCCGUUACACAGAUCGGUCUCUGACAGAUGUCGGUCUCAUGCUACUUAACACGUACGUACGACUCCAGCUGAUAGUGAUUAGUGUGAUGUACCAUGGGACUCGAGCGCCAUGGGAAAGCAGCGUCCGAGAGUUGCUUUUCGCGCGGCCCCGCUCACGCGCGGAUGCCGUCGCUGGUCGAGAUCGCACGCAUCGGGGGCUGGCCGUCCUCCCUGGCCACCGGCACCGCCCCUCCGGCCUGCUGGUGACGGUCUGACGCCUUCUUGAAGUACUCGGCCGAGCCUCCCGCCUCCUCGCUCGCAGCGUCGAUGCCGAGCGCAGAGCGCAUCGAGGCGGAGAGGUAGCGCGG